AUCAUGAAUAAUUAGGAGAAGAGCCCUGUAAUUCUUGAUUCUUCAGUUGUUUAUUCACAUAUGCCCCCUCUCUCCUUGCACGUGACGCUGUCUGCCUAGUGCCCACCCACUCCAACAGAGGAGGAGAGAGAUAGUGAGUGAGACAUAAAGUGAGAGAGCAGGAGAGUUAGAGCGAAAGGGAGGGAGGAGAAACAGAAGAGCAGCACAGAAAGCCAGUCUGUUUUCAGCUCCCAGUUCACUGUAGCUGCUCUGCCAGACAGCAUUCAGCCUUCCACCAUCACACUCUCCGACACAUUCACGCUCUCUGUACGACAGCUGACAACACCUUUUUAUUUUCUCAGCAACACCACAGACCCACACCGCCAGAUCCAGAGAGAAGAUAAAGGCAGAUUCGAGUUUUACCGCAACCGUACCAGCUCAGAAGAGGCUGGAUCGAGGCUGGAGAGGGUGACUGGGCAUGGAAUGGAACCUCAGAAGGAUGGAAAGUGAACUGAGGCAUAUCAACCCUGACCUGCUGCAGCCCAGCAAGAGCUUCAAGAAACCCUCGUCUGGCACCAUCACCCUGAACGUUGGGGGGUUCCUGUAUACAGCCCAUCGUACCACCCUUGCCAAGCACCAAGGUUCCUUUCUGGAAGAACUGGCCAACGGUAAGAAGCCGGUCCAGCACACUGAUUCCAUGGGCAACCCAUUCAUUGACAGAGAUGGUCCAGUUUUUCGACACGUGCUUAACUACCUGCGAACAGGGGAGCUCCAGCUGCCCGACGACUUCCGGGAGGCAGGGCUCCUGCGACGAGAAGCUGAUUUUUACCGCUUGACUGAACUUGUGGAAGCUGUGGUUGAGUGGGAAAAUCAGAGGGCAGCCCAGCGAGAGGCCGCUUUUUUGGAGGUGACAGAUAGCCACGAAAGGUCUCAAGGCCUAAAGGUGUACUGCAGUGACGCUGCCUUCCUCGACAAGAUCAAGGGGCGGCUUGUGCAAAUCUCCAAAAGCCGUUUGGAUGGAUUUCCUGAAGAAUUCGUGGUGUCAUCCAACAUGAUUCAGUUCCGACACUUCAUCAAGUCGGAGCCAGGCUCUCGGCUCGUCCUAAAGGAGGACAGUACAUUCUUGUGCACACUUGACUGUCUUAAACUAGAGACAGUAAUGCUAGCACUUAGAUCAGGCUUCAAGCUGGUCACAAGCCUUGACAGCAGCAAAGGUUCUGUGGUGGCAGCUGAGGCCCUGCAUUUUGUUAAGUAAAACGGAACAACAGACGAAACAGAGAGAAGAGAAGAGAAGAAAAAAAAGGAAGCUCUUGAUUCUAUAUCCAACCCUACAAACGUGAUUUGUGGCUAGAAGAUGUGCUGGGUGUAAUGUGUUAUUGGAAAGAAGAAGGGAAACAGGUGGGCUGGGCUGUCUCUGAGCACGGUAUUUAUAUCUUCACUGAGAGCUGUUGGUUUACAACCACAGGAAUGGAUAAGAUUUAUUUCUCAGCUAAUCUUGAAUGAUUUGCAUCAGAAGUAGAAUUGUAUUUUGGUUUUAGCAUAGCAAUUGCAAUUUGCACUGCUAUGUAAGCUAGUAUUUUUAAAAUUCAGAAUUUCCAAGGUUAAAUUAGCCUUUAUAAUUUACAUAUAAUACACCUGAUUAAGUGUGUCACACAAACAGCCACUAUAAUACUGGAGACAUGCCAACGGUAAAAGCGGCACAGAGGAGAGGAAAAGUGAUACAAAGAUAAGGAACACUGAGGGCUUCAUCAGUGGGUUUGUCUCCGCACAAGAACUGCUUCUGCUGCUUUGUCAAUGGCUGAAAAAAAGCCUGCAAAACCAGCUGUGGUGAGCACUGUAGUGCCAUUCAGCUUUUACUACUGUCUGUGCCUGUGUGUGUGUGUGUGUGUGCGUGCGUGUGCGCGAGUGAGUAUGUGUAUUGCUAUAUUGUGUGGGCUGUUUGUAGAUAAUUUAAUUGCUUGUGUCUAGUUUAUAAGCCUCUCUGGAGCCUUAAUGGAAAACUACAGCUCAUUAUCAUUGUUGUGAAUGGAAAAACAAACUGACAGACUGAAGCAACAAAACUGUAUCUCUCUUUGUGUCUGCAAGUUAAAUUUAAGUGCAAAGAAUUGUGAUUAUUGUAAGGGCUUCAAAUCUAGCAUGAUGCAUGUGCACUAAAAACUGUGUGUUUGUUAGUGCUGUGAGCCUCUGUGGUGUCAGCGCCACAACAAACCUGAUGACUUUAUAUGUGAAGAUUUUGCAAAUAAAAGUGACGCUGAAAGUACUGGUAAAA